AUGUUAGAUCCUUCAGAAGGUUCACUUAAGUAUGGUCUGCUAGCUGGGAAGACAGACAGCUCACGAAUGAUGAUUUGUGCUUUUGUGCCUCUAGAAGAUUUACCCAAAAAUCAGUCUCGUUAUUAUACGGUUUGUGACGAACAUGGAACUGGUAUGACUACACCGAUCAGACUUGCAUCAAGAAAAGUUGGUCGUGGCGUUAAAGCUAUCAAUUUUGCAUUUGAGGAGGCUUUCUCUUUUAAUAAUCAAUUGAGACGAAAAUUGGGCAAUAUUGAUAACAAAUCUGACGAUCCGAAGUGGGUGAAGACCUUGAAAGCUUUUAAACAUAAUGCUAAAGCGUAUAAUGUCAAAUAUGAUAGACCUAUGGCUAUUGUGUAUGAUAACGUUAGCCGAUUAGAUUCAGAAACAAUUAUAUUUGUCAGCAGUGUAGGCUCAGUUCCAAAAAUAAUGGAAACUAAUCAAUCGAUUGAAAUUGGCGAUCUUACUAAGGAAGAAUAUUUAGUCAACAAAUGCAAAAUCAAAGAAGAAACAGCAAAUAGUCUAUAUGAGUUAGUGGGUGGACGUUUUAUUGAUCUAAUGUUUGUUGCUGAUGAAUUUCUAGCUGUACAUGCAUUUAAAAAGCUUGAAUAUAUAAAAUAUUUACAAUUUUUUGAUAAUAUUGAUGAAGCUGAUGAAGUAUUGGAAAAGAAUGUAUUUGCAUAUCAUCUGAGAAAAAAUAUUGUUAUAUUUCAGUCUAAAUCAGUAGAAUUAUACAUUAAGAUAGAAGCUGAUGAAUUUGAUGUUAAGUAA